UGAGGAAAGAUUAUAAAAAUCACCCUCCCAAACAUCGAAAAGUCUUUCGUUGAAAGCUCUAACAAGCGUUUUGGGCAAGCAACUGUAUAUCCUUCGUUGCUUUUAUCCAACAACGACUACCUUCCCAUUUCCCAACAAUUCCGCACCUUCAGAAUCUGUCGUUCUUUCUUUGAUUUCAUCACAAAUAUGAACAAAGUCCUUUUGUUCCAUUCUUCGUAACAAUCGCUUUCAUUCUUCUGUUAUUUGAUUCUUUUAACCUAAGCAAAACCAGAUUAUCUAUUUUUUGGAGAGAGAUUUGAUGGCUCUGUGUAAGCGAGCGGUUCAAUUAGGGGUGAAUUCUGCGGUUUAUUUAACCAAUUUUCGACCGAUCAAUUCAUCUUCCACUUAUAGAUUUCAUGACAGACAGAUAUCGCAGCUCGUUAGCUCUAACGGAAAACGCGCCUUUCUCGUUGAUACAUUGGCUCUGGUGAGAGGUUUGGAAGCGCAAGGUGUGCCUUCGAAGCAAGCAGAGGCGAUAACAGCUGCUAUUACUGAAGUGUUAAACGAUAGCUUGGAGAAUGUGGCGCAUUCGUUUGUUUCCAAGGCUGAAAUGCAGAAGAGCGAAAUGAUUCAGGAAUCAAAUUUGUCAAAGUUCAAGUCUGAAGUACAGAGUUCUCAGGAGCAUCAUUUUUCUUUGUUGCAACGUGAGACUGAAAAGCUACGGAGUGACAUAGAAAAAAUGCGCAGUGAACUGAGGUAUGAAAUUGACAAGGUCACAGCUGGGCAACGUUUGGAUUUAAAUCUUGAAAGAGGGCGCAUACGUGAUGAGCUUGCUAAUCAGAGUGCAGAAACCAACAACCUUACGAACAAGCUUGACAGGGAAAUUCAUUCAUUAAGAGCACAGUUGGAAGCUGCAAAGUAUGACGUGAUUAAAUACUGCAUUGGUACCCUUGUUUCAAUAUCUGCUGUUGGGCUUGCCGUUGUCCGUAUAUUGUUGUAGUUUGUUCAUUUGCCUAGGUGAUUAAUGGUAAAAUUCUGUAAGAAUGCCGAUUUUAUUCUUUUUCUGUGGCAACUGUUGCCUGAUUGUUUGAUAGCUAUUCCCUGUGAAAAGGGGUAAUACCCACAUGAUUAGAGCAGUUGUCAAUUUAACUAAAGGAGUUAAGCAUAUUUUGUUUUGUGCAACUCUAUCUAUGCGAUUAGGCUUUUCGCCAUUAUGCAGAGUCCAAAGAAUCAUUGAUGGCAAA